AUCAGAAUGGCUUUUAGAGCUGCGUCUCAAAUGAAAUCAAUGGUGAAAAGCGGCUUAGGAGGAAGAUCGACUUUCACGACUUCUACUUUUGCACCGGAUUUGAAGGCCAGAUUGGGAAAGGGUGAUUUUGCACCGGUGAGCAUUGUGCUUGGGAUGGUCGCUGUAGCAACGUCGUUAGGCAUAUAUACGGCCUUGCAUCAGCUCCAUUCGGCCCCAAACGUGCACCUCAAGAAAUCGAGAAGGGAAACUAUACCGGAGGUGGUGGAGCCGGAGAAAGUGAUGGCCGAGGCUGAGAAGUUUGUUAAGAAAUCUUUCUUUAGGAAGGUAGCUCAUUUGAAGGAGCCAACCAAUUGUGCCUAAUCCUAUUGCAUGUGACAUUUGCUCAAGGUAUAUAAUUAAAAAUCUACUAUUAUCAUAUUUAGUAAUUUUAGUUCAGGCCUUUCAUGUUGAUACGUUAAACGAUAUCGGGCCAGAGCAUAAACUAGCCCCAGAUGUCUCAUUUGUUUUU